GGUGCGCUGUGUCCCUCAGACACAGCAGAUCACCGAUCACGGAAAGAGCCGAAGAUGUCGGCUCGGUCAUGUGAUCAGCAGUGUCCAAUCACAGCUGAUCACAUCAGUGCCACCUGUCAGUGUCCAUCAGUGCCAGCUGUCAGUGCUUAUCAGUGCCUCGUGCCAGUGCCCAUCAGUGCCACAUCAAUGCCACAUAUCAGUGCCUACCAGUGCACAUCAAUGCCACAUAUCAGUGCCCAUAUGAGCUGCCUUUCAGUGUCACCCAUCAGUGCCAGUCAGUGCCACCUAUCAUUGCCACCUAUCAGUGCCAGUCAGUGCCGCCUGUCAGUGCACAUCAGUGCUGCCUGUCAGUGCCGCCUGUCAGUGCACAUCAGUGCCACCUAUCAUUGCCAGUCAGUGCCGCCUAUCAUUGCCAGUCAGUGCUGCCUAUCAGUG